AUUUCUCUUAAACACACAUCAGCUCAGAGACUCUGACAGUUCACAGCUGAGAGGGGACAGGAAAAAACACAAGAUGGUUAAAAUUAGGUGGAUUGAAAUGUCUUUAUUUAUGAAACUGCUGCUUCAGUUCACAGCAGUGACCGGACAAUAUUCCCCCAGCUUUGUUGUCAGCGAUGGAGAUGAUGUCACUUUGCCUUGUGGAAAUGUGAUAGAUGAUCGGAGUGAAUGUGAGGGUGCUUACUGGAUCUUUAGUAGUUCACUAAGCACAUUCUCGUUAAUGCUGGUGGACCAGGGGCAGAUUGAGGCUAAAUCAGACAGACUGAGUGUUACAGAGAACUGCUCGCUGGUGAUGAAGAAGGUCACAUUUGAGGAUGUUGGUCGUUACAGCUGCAGACAGUUUGAAUCAGGACAUGGAGAUGCCCAUGUUCAUCUGUCUAUUAUCAGCAUGACUGAAGAUAACGACGCUGAUGGAGUGACCUUAAACUGCUCUGUGUUGACACAUGAUUGGUGUAUACACACACUGGAGUGGCUGUAUGAGGGUAAAACUGUGGAUGAAGACAUGGAGAAAUCACAGUCUGAGUGCUCGGUUACUGUGACAUUUCCUACUACUCAUCCCAAGCAGAAGCCACAGUCUCACGAGUUGUUUAAGUGUAAAGUGACUGAUGAUUUCAGUGGAGACGUGCAGCUGUUCACCUUCAGCCGACCUCAGACCUCAGGUGAGAAACCAGUCCAAUUUUCAGGUUGGCUGAGGUGUAUAGUAGUGUGUGGAGGCUUAACAACGCUCAUAAUAAUUGCUGUGGCAGUCAACAUAUGGACAAGAAAAGGCAAAUCACAGAUGGAUGACAAUGCUGUGCAUGAUGAUGAUGAUGAUGGUACAGUGAUCUAUGAAAAUGUUGGAGAACCUUCAGCUUCUGUCAGACUCCACUCACCAUCAACUUAAACAUCAUCUCACUAGAAAAAAAGAGUCCCCUGCAGUUAAUCAGCAUCUCAAGAUCAUUUUGCGUUUUUGGUGGGUUUCAGUGACUGAAUCUUUUCUUUUCAUGUUGUAGCUUUGCCGCAGUUUUAUCAUCAUUUGUGCAGAAGAACUUAUCUUGAAGUAACUUUCAUUCAGGGUUGUUUUUAACAUGUUUGCUUGGAGACAAAUAUGUUGUCAGACUUUUGUAGAAUGAACUUGAAUGAACUGUGAAUUCUAAUCGAGUCAGUAUCUUUGUUGUAACUGGUAAUAUAAUAUAAUCUGUAAAUAAACUUUUUUUAAAAAGAAAAA